GUGGAGAUCGUCGUUUCUCAGAGAUUUUUCGGGGUCAGAUUUCAGCAGUCUGUAGCGCUGUUUAGUGCUGAGACUGAGGCAGUCUUUGUUCAGUCAGUCUGAAGUGAGAGACCGGAGAGUCAGUCAGGAGGAGAGAAGUGAGAGAGGACACACAGAGAGAGAGUGCUUGACAACACUCUGGAGGAAGUGUUGAUAUACACGUUUUAUAUUCCACUAAUCUUAUGCUCAAACUGCUGAGGAAAAUGAAACUUUGGCUCCUGUCGUGGCUCGUCGGUGUGCAUCUCGCCUUGAUUUAUCGCUCAUCUGCGCUUCAUGUGAUGGAAGAGCGAGGGUCCAGGGGUCACCUAGUCCUGACUGAACUAGUUGGUGUUCCUCUUCCUCCAUCUGUGUCCUUCAUCACUGGCUAUGAGGGUUUCCCUGCUUACAGUUUUGGGCCUAAUGCUAAUGUAGGUCGACUGACCCAAUCCUUUGUACCUGAGCCCUUCUUCAUGGACUUUGCCAUUAUUGUGACCGUCAAGCCCUCCAACUCUCGAGGUGGGGUUCUGUUUGCCAUCACAGAUCCCUCCCAGAGGAUUGUCCACUUGGGCUUGGCCCUGACGCCUGUGGAGGAUAAGACCCAGAGGAUUGUACUGUAUUACAGUGAACCAGGGCUUGCAGACACCAUGGAAGUGGCUUCCUUUAAAGUGACUGAUAUGACACAGAAGUGGAAUCGCUUUACGCUGACGGUUGAGCAUGAGGAGGUUCGGCUUUAUAUGGAUUGUGAGGAGUACCACAGCGCCCCCCUGAAGAGAAGCCAGCAGCCCCUCAGCUUUGAGCAAGGCUCCGGAAUCUUCGUGGCAAAUGCGGGCAGCACUGGCCUGGAGAGAUUUGUGGGGUCUAUUCAACAGCUGGUAAUAAAACCGGACCCUAGGGCAGCGGAAGAGCAGUGUGAGGAGGAUGACCCCAGCGCCUCCGGGGACAGAAGUGGUGAUGGUGAUUAUGAUGAUGAAGAAGAACAUGGGAGACAUGAAGUAAUCAGUCAGACAAAUGUGAGGGAAGACAAAGAAAAGACACAUAGACCCACCUAUCCUUUCCAAGCUCCGCCCACUGUGUCCCCUGACAUGGAUGAAGGGGAGUUUUCGGGACAUGUGACCCCUACAGACGAAAGGCUGCUUAGAGGGACUUACAAAACAGAUGAAACAGGGGAGAGUACAGGGGAUGGUUCUGGCCAGAGGCAAAAAGGGGAGCGUGGAGAACCUGGACCGGCAGGCCCCCCGGGACCCCCUGGCCCUCCUGGACCAUCUCUCCCAUCCACACAUUCGGGUCAGCCUGAACAGAGAGGUCCUCAAGGUCCAAUGGGUCCACCAGGAAGACAAGGCAGACCAGGGAAAGAUGGACAACCUGGACUCAAAGGUGAAGAAGGAAAACCAGGGCAGAAAGGACCUCCAGGACUUCCAGGAUUGCCUGGAGAAUCUGGAGUCAAAGGAGAAAAGGGUGAUCCUGGGGUUGGUCUGCCUGGUCCACCAGGGCCUCCCGGACCACCGGGUCCAUCCAAACCAAUUAAAGUUCCAUUUGGAUUUGAUGCUCUCGGCUCUGGAUUUGAAGAUGUUGACAUUGAUACAGAACGUCUUAGGGGUCCACCUGGUCCUCCAGGGCCUCCAGGGAAACCUGGCCCGCCUGGGCCUAAUGGGGCUUUGCUGCCUGGACCACCAGGUGCCCCUGGCAAGGAUGGCAGAGAUGGGCAACCUGGACUUCGUGCGCCUCCUGGUCAGGAUGGCUUAACUGGACAACAGGGACCCAAAGGAGCAAAGGGUGAACAAGGAAAGAGAGGGCCCUCUGGACCUAAGGGUGAAAAUGGUGACCCUGGCCAUAUUGGUCCUAUGGGACCGAGGGGUGUACCUGGACCCCCUGGCAUUCCUGGUCCUCCUGGCCCACCAGGACCUUUAAGCAAUAACUUCAUGGUGGACACUUUGAAGGAUUUAGAGGGUUCUGGUGAAAGCAGAUUGUUUCUCGAAGCUGGAAUUUCGAAAGGCUAUCAUGGGCCUCCUGGUCUACCUGGCCCACCAGGACCUCAGGGACCUCCUGGUGCUGAUGGAGCCACCGGUUUGUCUGUUAAGGGUGAACCAGGAUCGCCAGGACAGGAUGGAAUACCAGGAUUAGCUGGUUUACCAGGUGCCAGGGGGCCAAAGGGGGACCAGGGCAGUCCAGGAGAGAAGGGUGAGCGAGGUCGUGAUGGACUGAGCAUAACAGGGCCUCGUGGUCCCCCUGGCCCACCUGGACCGACCAUUAACUUCCAGGAUCUCCUUCUUAAUGAUACUGCAGCCAAGUUGAACCUCACUAAGAUCAGAGGAGCUCCAGGCCCUAUGGGCCCUGAAGGCUUGCCUGGCAGAGCAGGAUUCCCUGGCCCAAGAGGACCAAAAGGUGAAAUUGGGUUUCCUGGCAUUCAAGGACCUCCAGGACUGAAGGGAGAAAAGGGGGAGCCAGGUGUAUCUAUAGCUGCUGAUGGAUCUGUAAUACCAGGCCUGAGAGGGCCCAGAGGACCGAAGGGAAUGAAGGGAGACAUCGGCCCUUCUGGAAGGCCUGGGAUAUUGGGGCCGAUUGGACCACCUGGGCAAAAGGGAGAAUAUGGACUUCCUGGUCGACCGGGCAGGGCUGGAAUAGCUGGAAGGAAAGGGGACAAGGGAGAUUCUAGUGGCCCCCCUGGUCCACCGGGUCCACCUGGACCUCCAGGGCCACAAGGACGAGUAAUUGGUCUCAAUGGAGGUGCUAAAGGUGAUGAUGGCUACAAGGGGCAAAAGGGAGAAAAAGGGGAUCCUGGUUUGCCUGGCUCACCGGGGCUGCCUGGGAGGACAGGCCUUGUGGGACCGAAAGGUGACUCUAUUGUUGGUCCUCCUGGAGACACUGGUCCCCCGGGCCCUCCAGGACUGCCUGGCUAUGGAAUUCCAGGACCACAGGGGCCACCAGGACUUCCUGGACCACCAGGCACUCCAUCUGCAUAUGGCUCUGCUGCGAGUCUCCCUGGACCUCCAGGUCCUCAAGGGCCGCCUGGUGCUCCUGGCAAUGGAAACCCUGUGAGAACAUUUAAAAACAUUCAGACCUUGAUAAGAGAGACCAAUGAGGCUGUGGAAGGGACUCUGGCAUAUGUUAUAGACAAGAGUGAACUGUAUAUCAGGGUACAAGGGGGCUGGAAGAAAGUAGAGCUAGGAGAGCUAAUCCCAGUUCCUCAAGACAGUUCCUCGUCUGCUUUGUCACAAGGCCUGAGCAGACCCAGCGACCGCAGUGUACCAAGAGUUCAUAGCCAGGAGUUGAAGAGCUUCCUGCCAGACUACCAUGUUUUUCUACAGAAUUCGCACUCAACGCCAGCAUUGCACCUGGUGGCACUCAAUGCCCCAUUCACAGGGGACAUGCAUGGAAUCCGAGGGGCAGAUUAUCAGUGUUACCAGCAAGCCCGUGCCAGGGGCCUGACAUCCACUUACAGAGCUUUCCUCUCCUCUCACCUACAAGACAUUUCCAGCAUCGUCAGGAAAGGGGACCGCUUCAGCUUGCCAGUGGUGAACCUCAAAGGAGAUGUGCUUUUCAGCAGCUGGAUGGCUAUGUUCUCUGGCGACGGGGCUGUUUUUGAUCCACUUACACCGAUUUAUUCCUUUGAUGGACAAAAUGUCAUGACAGAUCAAGCUUGGCCUCAGAAAGUGGUGUGGCACGGCUCAAAUAUCGCGGGCAUCCGAAUGACAACUAGCUACUGUGAGGCCUGGCGGACUGGUGACAUGGCGGUGACGGGACAGGUGUCUCUUCUGCAGACCGGCAGACUGCUGGGGCAAAACACGCGUAGCUGCUCAAACCACUUCAUUGUGCUUUGCAUUGAGAACAGCUACAUCCAGAACCCUGGAAGGAACUAGAAAGCUGACAAUUUUAAAGUAAAGUAAUGCAGAUGUAGGGAGCAGCAGUAGCUGGACUGCUGGGGGAUAAUAUCCAAUCUACUCUUUUAUUAGGGAGAGAGCUCCUAUGAGAUAUUACAAGCCAGGGGAAAUGGCACUGCAAUCAUGUUUCACUUCUUCUCUGAGCAUGAUGUAAAUAUGUAUAAAUCACCCACUGAUACUGUUCAAUCAACGAUCCACCGAGUUCUAUUAGAAUACCAAAGAAUACCUCACCCAGACAUCAACAAGCAAGAGUAGAUCUAUUGUAUGAAUUCACUGCAUUACUCUGUGCCUUCUCAGAUGACAUAAGCCCCUCCUCACAAUGACUAAUACAGAGGUUUUGUGUGUGUGUGUGUGUGUGUGUGUGUGUUUAAUGUAUUAACUACAAAUUUGUAAACACAAAUGUUGAUAGAUAAAAAAAUGCUUAUUUUUAAUCAGAUUAAAUGCCAAUAUUAAGACAUCAAUAUUUGGAUAUGCUGUGUUCAUAUGAGGGAGUUUCGGAAGUUGUUUAAAUGCACUGUAUUAAUAAUUUCUUGUUUUGUUUUAGUUUUCACACCCACAAAGCUCCUUUUUGUGAACUUGCAUUUACACUAGUAUUUAAAAGAGGCAAAAAGUCUAAUUUGUUAUGUAAAAGCCGCACAUAAAACUAAAAACGUACAGAGGCCACAACCACAUUAUAACUCAUCACUGUUUAAUCUUUCUAUGACAUUUAGAAAGACGUACUAGAAAGUCAGUAACAGCGUUGUUUAUCUUCUUGUAUGAAACAGUAAUAAAGAAUUCCCCUUUUUUCAUAUUUGAAUGGUGCUCAGUGAAUAAAUGUUUUGUUUUAUAA